GUGAUCCAACAACUCCAAACUUCUUCUCUGCUUCGGGAACUACAUUUUCAGCGCUGCUGGAUACAGUGGCAGGGAUCACAGACUACUACGUUUCGCCGAGUCCAGAGACUCCAACCGAGCCAGCUCGUGGUAGGAAGAGCAGCAAGAGGAAGUCGAGACGGAGUCGGGAUACG